AUGGGCAGCGUACACGACCUGAGGGCCAGUUUCUUCCAGGUCGAGCUCCCAGAAAGAGACCAAGAAAGCUCCGUCUUAACAGAUCCGAAUAGCGGCUCAACAGCGGUGCGUGACGCGGUCUCCGAUGGGACACUCGGCCUCACCGGAAAUCGUGCAAAUCCUCACGUCCACCGUGGCAGGCAGUCUGAAGUGUACGGGCAAAGGGUUCAUCGUGAACGACCCAGCCCAAGCCUCAAUCGACGUGGAGAUCGACAGCAUAGGGUACGCAGGCACGCGUCAAGCAGUCAAAACGGCGUUCAGGAGGAUGUUGACCACCGCAAAAGAGUGUCCAGUUUCUUUUUACGCGAAUGA